AUGCAGAUCAAUAAUUCCUCGUCAUGUGGAAGCUCCACGGUCGUCCUGGAGAUGCCCUUGAGAUCUCACCAGCCGGAGGAGUCAGGAAAGAGCCCGCCUGUCUACGAGGACAUAUCGGCCGGAGCCUUGCCCGCUCCCUCGACUGCUACGCCUCAACUACAGAAAUGGAACUCUCCCAGAAUCAACAUGUGGCGCUGUCUCGGGACCUUCUAUUCUUUUAUCAUCUUAGGUGCCAAUGAUGGUGCAUACGGAGCUUUGAUACCCUACCUCGAAACAUUCUACGGGGUCAAUUACACAGUUAUCAGUCUCAUCUUUCUGUCGCCAAUAGUGGGCUAUACGAUGUCUGCACUUUUGAACAACUACAUUCAUACAAUAUAUGGACAAAGAGGUGUUGCGUGGAUCAUGAGCACCUCCCAUUUGUGCGCUUAUACUAUCAUAUGUGUUCAUCCGCCUUAUCCUGUUUUGGUAAUAGUGUUUAUUCUUGCCGGGUUUGGCAACGGCUUGGGCGACAGCGGAUGGUGGGCUAAAGUCACUGAAUCGUCUGGGGUCAAGAAUGCUGAUUAUGUUUACAGGAAUGCCUGGAUUGGUGACAUGGCCAAUCCAAACGAAGUGCUUGGCUUCUUACAUGGCUUUUACGGUCUUGGUGCAGCCCUCGCUCCUCUAAUUGCGACAACACUAGUUACCCAAGCGGGCUGGCGGUGGUACGAAUUUUACUAUCUCAUGGUGGGUGCAGCAUUUAUUGAGGUCAUAGUUCUCGUGGGGACUUUCUGGAAAGCAGAUGGCCGGGCCUAUAACGCCGAGCACCCUCAGACUGCCGACCUCGAUACCUCAGAAUCAAGCACUCCGACCACCUCGGAUAAUGCGGUCGCCGCUAGUCAAGUCGACAAGAAACAAAGCAUUUUUUCAAGGCUCAAUCCACGUGGCAAAAGAGCAAAGGGCAAGAGCAAGACUCUGGAGGCGGUCAAGCAAAGAGUAACCUUGAUUGCCUCGGUGUUCCUGCUUAUAUAUGUGGGUGUCGAAGUCAGUGUUGGCGGUUGGAUCGUGACCUUUAUGUGGCGUGUCAGGAAAGGCUCGCCGUUUGCCUCUGGGCUCACAUCGAUGGGCUUCUGGCUCGGGAUCGCCGUCGGUCGAUUGGUACUCGGUUUCGUUACCGCUCGGUUAUUCAGAUCGGAGAAGCACGCGGUCGCCGUGUACUUGUUGUGCAGCGUGGCUCUCCAGUUGAUGUUCUGGCUCAUUCCGAACUUCGUCGUCAGUGCGGUCAUGGUUGGCUUGCUGGGCUUUUUCCUAGGACCUCUCUUCCCCGCAGCCAUUGUGGCGCUUACCAAAUUGCUCCCGAAGAAGCUGCACGUACCCGCUGUGGGGUUUGCCGCUGCUUUCGGAGCGAGUGGUGCAUGUGUGUUGCCGUUCGCUGUUGGAGCGAUUGCAAAUGCCAAAGGAGUCAAGGUGCUGCAGCCCAUCAUUCUGGCUGCCUUGGUAUUAUGCCUGGCUGUGUGGUUGCUGAUUCCCAAGCUCCCGAAACAGAGAAUGGCCUGA